CUUCGAAUCGCCCUAUCAUGAUUAGGCUGGCAGGUUCUUGCAUAUGACCCUAUUGAUCUCGAACCGUCAUGCCUGGAGGAUAUCACAUUCACAUAUUCAUCUCCUGGUUGAGGCUCACUACCAGGACGACCGCAUCUAGGUCAUAUAAAAGUCUUCUCUCUUUCUUUCUGCGACUGAUCCGACACUAUGAGGCCGUUAUUGGUGGAAAAGACAGAGUUUUGCGAGAACCGGGCUCGGCGUUUAGCUCUCAGCCAACUGCCCAAGAGAAGAAGACUUACGAGACUCUCGCAGUGCCGUUGCUUAAAGCACCCCCAGAAUCACAAAGCGAAGGGUUGAACGGCAUAGCUUCUAACACUCGGUCUCCUCGGACCUCUUCUGCGCCAUUGGCGCUGAGCUAUAUCACCAUGCCCGAGCCCAGCAUUCAUAUUGCGGUAGCUGUCACCACGCCGCCCCAUCCUACGGCGGUAGGACGGUUCUGUGAUAUAUCUACCCCCAUUAUACCUGGACAAAUAAAGCGAUACGAGAGGAAUCAAUUUCAAGAUCACAACGAAGAUUUCGAGGUUGAGAAAGGUCCUUUGGACUGUUCAGAGGAGCUUGCUCCGGUGUCAGGAUGGGAGCCGCUCACGCACCCAGAGGGCGCUUUAUUUUUCUAUCACUCGAAUCAUAGAGUUUUCACUGAUGUCGAUGUUCGAGAACCUGGAACUGCAGUCCAAUUGAGUAGGGUUGCUGAUCAGGCGUACGAAGAAGCGCGCAAGGCAGACACAUUUCAUACAUCCCUCGAACUAACAUUGGAGCGCGUGGAGGUGGAUGGGAAAGAGAAAUGGGGCUACUACUUUGCUGAUCACGACAGACAUGUCAUUUUCUGGCUGGAACCCCACAAAUCUAAAGAUCUUUUGGAUAAAGUUCGAGGAGUAAAACGCAAAAGCCACGUCAGGUAUGCACUAGAGUCACAGUACUGGGGACACAUUGAAUUGUUUCCAAACAAGCGCUUCCUUCCAGUAGAUGUCGUCGUGAGACUCAAGGAAAUCAUUAUCUUUACUCAGGCAGACAAUAUCACUUCUGAAAAAUGCCUAGCAUCUUUUGCUUCGGACGAGGUUUCAAAUAUGCUCGGCCUUAUGGAUCCUCUCAUGAGCAGUGUUGACAAGGAGCAUGAGCAUUCUGUAUGGAUCGUUGCACGAUUUAUGGGAGAUUUCUGCAGCGACAAGUUUGUAAACUUUUGUGGACAGCCAGGCGCGCGACUUGACGCAGACCAGUCGUUAUACGACGAUUCCACCCCCCGCCCGAAAACUGUCCUUUUUCGUGUCAUGAAUAUCAUUCUGUUUGGAUCCCCUGAUGCUCACAGCAGGGCCCUUCACAAGAUAUGGGUCGAUUACACCAUUGUUCAACGGCGUUGGAAAAACUUUAUCAACAGACUAAAUGGUGAAUGGAAUGGAUAUACGAUAUUCUCUACUGUGAUGCUUGCUGUUGAUAUAAGUUUUCUAGCGGUCCCAUCCGUUCAGACUCAAACACCUGCAAUCCUUGUAGCAUAUAUGUCUACCCUCUGUGCCUUGGGCUCGUUAGUGGUCUCACUAGUCCUGGCCGGACAGGUCAAUGACAGCCGGCGGGACUCCGCUGAAAGUGUGGCCUCAUUCAUGAUGGAAAUGUCGCAUUCUAUGCUCGGCCUCGAGAGCCUUGCCCUCAUGCUCAGUUUGCCGUAUGCUCUUUUGAUUUGGGGAAUGACAUUCUUUGCCGCAGCAUUAUCCAUUGUCAUUUUCCGCACUUCUGAUGUUGUCACCGUCUCGAUCGUCUCUCCGAUUUGGACUGCCAUAGUUAUCCUGGCUACGUGGCCGGUACUGGCUACCAAUAAUAUUCAUAUAUCCCACCUGAGUUUAUGGAUCACAGAACAAGUGUCGCGUUCUAGAUCAUCGUGGGCUGCCAUCAGGUCUCAUGUCUAAUCUGAUGUAAUUUGUCAUGAGGGACAUUCCGUAGCGUGUACAGUUGUAUGUGGUGUUUUGGUUAUUUUAUGUGAUUC